AUGGCUCCCUCCUUUGUGACCAUCGACACCUCCGAUGACUUCGACUUCAGCCCCGCCCCCGCGUCGUCGUCGAAGAAGCAGAAUGGCCACACCGGCCGCCGCACCCUGCUCCUGGCCCCGCCCUCGAUUGCCUCGCACGAGGAGAAGCUGCGCGUUGCAUUCUCCGCCUACGAUAGAGCCGUGACGGACCUGCAGAUGCUCGACCGUCUGUCCGCCGGCCUCGUCACCCUGCCCCCCGCCACCUACGACCUCGUCCUGCUGCUGACCGAUACCGACGGCGCUAGGCACACCGAGGCCCUUCAGCUGCUGUCGCGCGACGUAUUCUCCUACCUUGUCCCUGCCAUGAAGGCGGGCGCCAAGCUCCAAAGCCAGGACGGAAAUCUGCACGCGUCCGAGGCCCGAGAGGCGGUGCUGGCCGGGCUGGUCGAGGGCGACGGCGGCUUCCAGAAGCCAGAGUACGAGGAGGAGGUCGUGGUGCCGCUGCGGUUCGGCGCGAAGAAGAAGAAUAACGGUGCGCCCAAUGGCGCUGCGAAGACGAAUGGCAACGGUGCUCACAGCUCUGCCGGCCCAGCGGUUGGAAGCGUCACUGUGCCCGUCAACGGCAGGCCCACGACAUUGGACAUGGCCCCGCCCGCCGUGAAACCCAUCGGCGUGGGCUUCGUCGACUUUUCAGACGACUUUGGCGACGACUAUGACGAUGACGACGACGAGCUGAUUGACGAGGACACACUCAUGACGGAUGCCGACCUGGCGCGCCCAAUCCAGCAACCACCCGAGUGCCAGCCCAAGCCCGGCCAGAAGCGCCGCGCCUGCAAGGACUGCACGUGCGGCCUGGCGGAGCGCCUCGAGGCGCAGGACAAGGCGCGGCGCGACAAGGCCGACAAGGACCUCAGCACGCUCAAGCUCAAGUCGGCCGACCUCAACGAGCUCGACUUCACCGUCCAGGGCAAGACGGGCUCCUGCGGCAGCUGCGCCCUCGGCGACGCCUUCCGCUGCGCCGACUGCCCGUACAUCGGCCUGCCGCCCUUCAAGCCCGGCGAGGAGGUCAAGAUCCUCAACAACGUCGCCCAGUUCUAA